CGCCAUGUCGAAGCGCGGGAGGGGAGGAUCCGCGGGGAACAAGUUCCGGAUGUCGCUGGGUCUGCCGGUGGCUGCGACUGUGAACUGCGCGGACAACACUGGCGCCAAGAACCUCUACAUCAUCUCCGUCAAGGGCAUCAAGGGGAGGCUCAACAGGCUGCCUUCGGCCUGCGUCGGCGACAUGGUGAUGGCCACCGUCAAGAAGGGGAAGCCUGACCUGAGGAAGAAAGUCAUGCCGGCUGUCAUCGUGCGUCAGCGCAAGCCGUGGCGCCGAAAGGACGGUGUCUUCAUGUACUUCGAAGACAACGCUGGGGUGAUUGUGAAUCCUAAGGGUGAGAUGAAAGGAUCAGCUAUCACUGGACCCAUUGGCAAGGAGUGUGCCGACCUCUGGCCUAGGAUCGCUAGCGCAGCAAAUGCCAUUGUCUGAGAGCUUGUUUGGGUCCAGUUUUGUACCGGAUGUUAGAUGAUUAAUGUGCUUGGAUUAUUUGUUCCAGAUAUUUUAUCUUAAUUUGGUGUGAACCUCUGGUUAAUUUAACAAUUGAGCUAUGAAGUUUCAUCAAAAGUUGAUUGGUGAUUU